UUAACUGGCGCCAUCCACGGGAAGCACCUGUGAAAAUAAACACUAAACGGGACCUUAUCGUCGCCAUCGUCGGAUAUGGAAGCGGCAAACCCCUCCAGCAGUCAGUGCAGUUAUGAAGACUAUAAGGAGACAGCGGACUGGCUGCUUAACCGUACAAAGCAGCGUCCCAAAGUGGCCAUCAUCUGUGGUUCAGGCCUGGGCGGUCUAGCUGAUCUGCUGGAGGAGAAGAUAGUGUUCAAAUAUGAGGAUAUUCCAUGUUUUCCCACCAGCACUGUGCAGGGUCAUGCAGGGCAGCUGGUGUUUGGCAAGCUGAAUGGCUGCGAGUGUGUCUGUAUGCAGGGGAGAUUCCAUUUCUACGAGGGUUACAACAUACAAACGGUGACUUACCCAGUGCGAGUCUUCUAUCUGCUGGGUGUGAGCACUCUGAUUGUGACAAAUGCAGCAGGAGGACUCAAUGACACCUACAGUGUGGGAGACAUCAUGCUCAUUAAAGAUCACAUCAACAUGCCCGGAUUUGCAGGACAGAACCCUCUGUGUGGGCACAAUGAUGAGAGGUUCGGAGUGCGGUUCGCAUGCAUGUCAGAUGCAUAUGACCGUGACCUGAGAGCCCUGACCAGAAAAACAGCAAAGGAACUGGGCUAUGACAGCUUCCUGCAGGAAGGGGUAUACUGCAUGUUGGCUGGCCCAACAUAUGAAACCAUUGCUGAGUGCAAACUCUUUCAGAUGCUGGGGGCUGAUGCUGUGGGUAUGAGCACAGUCCCGGAGGUGGUGGUGGCUCGUCACUGUGGCACACGUGUCCAGGAGGACGUGGCUCCUGACCGUCGCUUACGUGUCUUGGGCCUGUCCCUCAUCACCAACAAGGUUGUGACAGAUUAUGAGAGCAAUGAAAAAGCAAAUCACACAGAAGUGCUGAAGACUACUGAGCGCAGGACUCAGGACCUCCAGAAUCUUAAGAACAAGAAGCGGCUACAGCUGUUCAAAAUCCCACAAGGCUGGCCGACAAGAUAGACGAUGGGCAGGGCUGUG